UUGAAGUCUAUGUUUCCUGGGUCACACCCUCCGAUACUCAGCAAACAAGAUUCAACGAUAUGGGUCAGCUUGCAAGUCUAUAGGCACAUGGGUUAUUUGCUUUCAAGAUGGAGGACACGAACAGACAAGCUUCAGAGAAGGAUGGGACUAGCUACUCCCUGGAUGACGGGAAGAGACUACUGGAAUUCCUGGUUGAAAAGGGUCUAGAUAAUGAAAGUCUCGUCCAGAGGUACGACGAGAAAAGCGAGGAGUACAACAAGAUGCAGAUUGUUCGUCGUUACAUGGCACCAACUUCGAUUGCGGACACCCUGUCUGCUCUGUAUCCCAGCAACCGAGAAAAUGUUCGGAUAUUGGAUGCUGCUGCAGGCACUGGUUUGGUGUCCGUAGAGGCAAGGAAGCGUGGGUUUGUACAGAUCGACGCCCUGGAUCCGUCUGAAGGAAUGUUGGAAGAGGCCAGGAAAAAUAACCUCUACCAGAGGUACAUCUGUGACGUUAUAGGCGACAACACACUGGAUAUUGCUAACGACACAUACACGGUGCUCACAUUAGUCAGCCUGACGUCCGAGAUCUUGAAGAAACUGUCCGUCAAGUGUUAUGAGGAGCUAGUGCGAGUCACGAAGUCAGGUGGUUACAUCCUGAUCAACCACUAUGACUACAUCUUCGACACCGACGUGAUGAAAGCAAAUCUAGCUGACCUGGAAUCCCGUGGUCUGUGGAAAUUGGCAGACCGGCAUUAUGUAGAAGAACCGCACAAUGGGGUGCGUCGGUGCACGUGUAUAUAUAAAGUUGCAUAGUCGUGUGUUUGCUUGGAGUAGAGUCAAGAUGACCACUGAAAGUAAUUAAAGGUAAAACGGCCAAUAGAAAAAAGUCAAAACGGCAAGUAGAAGUCGUAAAAACGGCUACAGGGAACUACAGGCUUCUCUGCCUUAGUUGUCCUAUAUUGGGGUAACUGGUUGGUUGGUAUGUUACAGUGUUACUUCUUAUACUGUAAUGACAAAUGAAAACAGGUCUCUUUCGUAGUUCCUGACUCACGUUCAAAAGGCGAACAUGUCAAACUCAUCCUUUGCAGUAAAAUGUUUGAGAAUGAACUUAUAUUACAUCUUUCAUUUUCUCUCUAAUGAACUAGCUAUAGUUGUCAGGUGAACUGAAAGAACAAAGUAUUUAUUACUACAUACUCUGCUACAUUUAGUAUUGUACACAGCGCAAAAUACGUCAGGUGUGAGGCCGUCGCAUAAUAUAACAAACAGGUUUGGAAAAUUUAAAAGGGGAUACCGUUUGGGUCAUUUUGGCUUUGACGAUUGAUCGUUUUCACUUCUUAGUCGUUUUGAUUCCUGAGCUGUUUUGCCUUUAUUACAGCAUGUUGUCAUUAAUAUGCCAUUCAUCAUGUAUGCGCUUGAAAGAUAAAUUCUGUUGCAUCCA